ACAGUGCUUGAUAUCAGAUCAAAACUACAUGAUUUUUUUUAAUAAAUAAAAAAAACAAGAACAAUAAUAUUAUUAUUAUAUCAUUAAAAAAAAAAAAAAUACAGUAAAGCAUUGGAAUGGGUACGGCAAGUUGUGUUCUUGUGGUGGGGCUGCUAUGGAUGCUGGCUGCGAGCACAGUGGUGGGUAAGGGUAACAAAACUCACGUUGUCAAGACGGUGACGUAUGAUAAAACAUCUAUAAUCAUUAAUGGAGCCAGAGAAAUCUUCUUCUCAGGCUCCGUUCACUAUCCUCGUAUGCCUCCUGAGGAGUGGCCGAACAUCAUCAGAAAAGCUAAAGAAGGAGGUUUGAAUGUCAUCCAAACUUAUGUCUUCUGGGACAUUCAUGAACCUGUUGAAGGCCAAUUCAACUUCGAAGGCAACAAUGACGUGGUGAAAUUCAUCAAGAUGAUUGGGGAUAUGGGUCUGUACGUCACACUCAGGGUUGGACCCUACCUUGAGGCUGAAUGGAACUUGGGAGGAUUCCCAUACUGGCUGAAGGAGGUUCCUGGGAUCGUCUGGCGUACCUACAACGAGCCAUAUAUGAAACACAUGAAGAGGUUCGUGGAGAUGAUUGUAAAUAUGAUGAAAAAGGAGAAACUAUUCGCGCCGCAAGGAGGCCCCAUCAUUAUGGCUCAGAUAGAAAACGAGUACAGCUCCGUGGAGGCUUCGUACAGAGAAAUGGGCGUAAAAUAUGUCCACUGGGCAGCAGAAAUGGCGGUGGGUGCAUACAAGGAAAUCCCAUGGAUCAUGUGCAAGCAAAAGACAGCUCCCCCCAUCGUCAUCACCACCUGCAAUGGCCGACACUGCGCCGAUACUUUCAACGGCACAAACGGCCCCAACAAGCCGCUUUUGUGGACGGAAAACUGGACGGCUCAAUACCGAGUCUUCGGAGACCCUCCCGGCCAGAGAUCCGCCGAAGAUAUCUCGUUUUCCGUCGUACGUUUCUACUCCAAGAGCGGAACAUACGUCAACUAUUACAUGUACUUUGGUGGCAACAAUUUUGGGAUGACGGGAUCCUCCUUCGUCAGCACGGCCUACUACGAUGAAGGUCCGAUGGAUAUUUACGGGUUUAACAGAGACCCAAAAUGGAGCCAUCUCAGAGAUACCCACAGAGCUCUUAAAUUAUGCAAGAAGCCUUUGCUUUGGGGAACCGCAAAUCUCAACAAAAUCAACGGCGAUCACGAGAUCACUACCUUCGAGAAUACUGACCUUAAACUCUGCGCCGCCUUUUUGUCCAACAACAAUACCUUAAAACCAACCACCCUUAAUUUCAGGGGCACAGAUUACUACCUUCCGGCCAAAUCCGUCAGCAUUCUCCCCGACUGCAAGAACAUGAUUUUCAACACCCAGCACAUCCUUGCCCAGCACAAUCACAGGACCUUCGACCCUUCCAAGGUGGCCGGUAAUCUUAAAUGGGAGAUGUUCCAAGAAUCCAUUCCCACAAUCGAUACUCUGCCCGCCAAGUCCCCCGCCCCAAAGGAGAUGUACACCUUGACAAAACACACCACGGAUUACGUCUGGUUCAGUACGAGGGUCGUGAUGAACAAACGCGAUCUUCCCAUGAGGCCCGACAUCCACCCGGUUCUCUUCGUGGAGAGUAUGGGCCACGCCAUGAUUGUGUUUAUCAACGGGGAGUUCGCGGGGUACAACCACGGGAAUAACGUCGCCAAGGAAUUCAUUCUUCUUCAGCCGGUGAACUUGAAGCCCGGAACUAACGACAUCACCUUCCUCUGCUCCAUUCUCAGUUACCCCAACAGCGGCGCCUGGAUGGAGAGGAGAUACGCCGGACCCAAAUCCGUGUUAUUGCUUGCGCUAAUGACCGGAAACCAGGAUAUCACCAAGAAUUCCUGGUCCUACUCCAUUGGUACUCAAGGGGAGAAGCUAAAGUUAUUCACGGAAGAGGGCGCCGAGAAGGCGAAAUGGGGUCCGGUGACCGGCAACCACAACACCCGGAGAGCAACAUGGUACAAAACCCACUUUGAUCUCCCAGAAGGGAAUGACCCUAUAGCAGUGAACAUGGAAAAAAUGUCCAAGGGUAUGGUCUGGGUAAACGGGAAAAGCAUCGGCCGCUACUGGGUUUCAUUCCUGACCCCACUCGGGCAGCCAACCCAGACAGAAUAUCACAUCCCGAGACCCUGGUUGAAGCCCAAGAACAACCUUUUAGUAGUGUUCGAGGAAUUCGGGGGCGACCCGGAUAGCAUAAAGGUGAUGCUGGUGAAUAGAGACACAAUCUGCAGUUCCGUAGCGGAGAACUAUCCCCCCGACGUGAAGAUUUGGGAGAGAAAGGGAGACGAGUUCCGGGCGACGACCGACGACCUGAAACCCAGGAUGCACCUCACUUGCCCGGAUGCCAAAGUGAUGAAGAAAAUAGAGUUCGCCAGCUACGGCAACCCCGAAGGCGUUUGCGGCAACUUCAUGACCGGAAGCUGCAGUUUCCCCAACGCCAUUAAAAUCGUGGAGAAGGCGUGUUUGGGGAAGACCGAGUGCGAAGUUCCGGUGGAGAAGAGCUUGUUCGUGGAGGGAAAGGAUCUGUGCCCCAAAAUCGUAAAGACUUUGGCCGUCCAAGCAAAAUGCGUCCGUCAAGGCAAAGAAGACUGAGCUAGCUAGGCCAUACAACUAUACCCAUGCAUGCCCAUAUAUGCUGCCUGUUAUUUUUUUUGUCCUUUUAGUUUUUUUGAGAAAUGAUAAAAUAAGAGCGGCUUGAAAUGAAAAUUUUGUUUAUUUUUAA